AUGUCGGACAGCGAGAAGCCGCUGUCUACGUUCCCUCUGCCCGAAGAGUUCGAUACGGACCCGCGAGUCUCCUUCUCGAAGCUCGACAACAAGUACAUACUGGAAACAGACCAUGGCGAGGAAUACACAUAUGAUGACGCUCUGAAGAGAUGGAUACCCUCGCUGGACGAGGCCUUGCUGGAACAGCAGAGGCAGGCGUACAAGAUACAGGGAGUCGACGAGGAGGAGCCUGCGAAUCUCAAGGCCCUGCAGGACAAAAAGAAGAAGCGGAAACAUAAUGAUGAAUCAAACCCGCCCCAGAAACCGAAGAAACCCCGUGUCAAUACCGCCGUGUACGUAACUGCCAUUCCCCUCGAUGCUACCGUAUCCGAGAUCAGCGCUCUCUUCAGCAAAUGCGGCGUCAUUGCGGAGGAAAUCGACAGUGGGAAGCCGCGCAUAAAGAUGUAUACGGAUGACCAGGGCGCGUUCAAAGGCGAUGCACUCGUUGUAUAUUUCCGCCCCGAAUCAGUCAACCUCGCCAUUCAGAUGCUGGACGAUACCGAUUUCCGGUUUGGCGAAAAGGGCGCGCAGGGUAAUAUGAGAGUGCAGCCGGCAGAUUUCUCCUUCAAGGCUGUGCAGGAAGCCCCGGCAAAGGUGAAUAUGAGGGAUAAGAUGAAGAUUAUACGCAAGACCCAAAAACUAAACAAUAAACUCACCGACUGGGAUGAUGAUGAUGCUGGACCUAGACAGUCAACAAAGGCAGGGAAGGUCGUUGUGCUGAAACAUAUGUUUACGCUGCAAGAGCUCGAGGAGGAUCCAGCCGCCAUUCUUGACAUCAAAGAAGACAUCCGCGAGGAGUGCUCCAAGCUAGGCGAGGUAACCAACGUGGUGCUCUACGACAAAGAAGAAUCAGGAAUUGCCACAGUCCGCUUCGCCGACCCCGAGUGUGCCCAGGCUUGUGUGCAGAUGAUGAACGGCCGCUUCUUCGGCGGCACCCAGGUCGAAGCAUAUGUAGUUGAGGGGAAAGUCCGGUUUAAGAAGUCGGGCGCCAGUGCAGCUGCUGCCCUACAGGAUGACGGGGCCGGCUGGGAGGCGGAGACCGGCAAAGACGAGGAAGCCCAGCGCCUGGAUAAGUUUGGAGCCUGGCUCGAGCAGGAGAAGGCCACCGGGGCGGCAGCCGACAGCUAG